GUGGCCUGGCGCGCGCGACCCCGACGACGCCGGCGGCGGCAGCAGGUGGGCACCGUGGCGCAGCUCUGGGUGUACCCGAUCAAGUCCUGCAAGGGGGUGCCGGUGCCCGAGGCCGAGGCCACGGCGCUGGGGUUGCGCGUGGGACACCUGUGCGACAGGUUUUGGCUUGUGAUCAACGAGGACGACAACAUGGUCACCGCUCGCCAGGAGCCUCGCAUGGUGCUGAUCUCCGCGAGCUGUGAUGAUGACACCCUGACGCUUAGUGCCGCCUUCACCAAGGACCUGCUGCUGCCCAUCAGAACGCCGGCCACCAACCCAGUGCGCACGUGCAGGGUGCACGGCCUGGAGGUGCAGGGCCGGGAUUGCGGCGAGGAGGCUGCGCAGUGGAUAACCAGCUUCCUGCAGUCGAAGCCCUACCGCCUGGUGCACUUCGAGCCCCACAUGCGGCCCCGGAGCUCCCGCCAAGUCAGGGAUGCGUUUGGGCCUUCGGACCAGGUCGCCUACUCAGAUGCCAGCCCCUUCCUGGUCCUUUCUGAGGCCUCCCUGGCCGAUCUGAACUCCAGGCUGGAGAAGGCAGUGAAAGCGACUAACUUCCGGCCCAAUAUUGUCAUCUCUGGAUGCGGCGUCUACGCAGAGGACUCCUGGGACGAGCUCCUUAUUGGGGACGUGCGGCUGAGGAGGGUGAUGGCCUGCUCCAGGUGCGUCCUCACCACGGUGGACCCGGACACCGGCGUCAUGGACAGGAAGGAGCCGCUGGAGACCCUCAGGAGAGGACACAGUGAGGCUCAGAUGCUGGUGAGGGAUUGCCAUGCUCCCCCAGAGCGCAAGGGGACCCGCUACCCGGUGUCCUCUCCCUGCCUCUCAGCCCGGCUUCCGGGGAAGCUCUUCCCAUGUAAACUGGAAAAGAUGAGUUUCAAGCUUUGAUGAGCACUUUAAAACCUUAAAUCCUUCUUCAAAGUAACCUGUCUCUCAGUAGGUCGCAAAGAAUUAUACGGCUUCUCCUUGGCCUGUGGGACAGCAGCAUUAUUAACUGUGAUUACUUAAGUCGCUGAAUAGAAGGAUGUAAUAAAUCCAAAAGUAUUUGUUCUGCUUUGUGACUAAGCUAAAUGGCAUAAUAUUAAAUCAGAUGUUGUUAUAAA